UUAUAAUUUGGACGAAAACAUUCUGUAAAGCCUGGCAAUUUCUUAACUUCUCGAGAAAGUAGUCGAGAUCGACAUCGACGAUAGGCCUAAAAAUGGCUUCCACCGGUGUAUUACCGUUUGUGAGAGGUAUAGAUUUAAGUCAAAAUAACUUUAAGGAGGAUGAGUUUCCUAAGCAUGUUGCGGAUAUGUCUGGCCUCAGGUGGCUCCGAAUAAACAAGACCAACUUGGACAUGUUGCCUGAUGAGCUCUCACACCUCUCCAAGCUUGAACACUUGCACAUGGCAAGGAACAACCUAAUACAGAUACAUGGAGACUUACCAACUUUGAAUAAUCUGCGUACACUGAACCUGCGACACAAUAAAAUACGCAACUCGGGAAUUCCCAAUGAUGUAUUCGUUCUGGAUGAAAUUAGUGUUGUGGAUUUCAGUUACAAUCAGUUAUCAGGAGUACCAGAGGAAUGUGAGAAGGCCAAGUCUUUAUUGGUGCUUAACUUAAGUCACAACAAUAUUCCAUCGAUACCAAAUCAAUUAUUUAUCAACCUGACCGAUCUGAUCUACCUAAAUUUAAGUGACAACAAACUAGAAUCACUUCCUCCUCAAAUGCGACGCUUGGCCAAUUUACAGACUCUCAUACUGAACAACAAUCCAAUCCUUCAUGCACAGUUGAGACAAAUCACUAACAUGUCGCAGUUGCACACGUUGCACAUACGCAAUACGCAGCGCAACUACUCCAACAUACCGCCGCAACUUGACAUGCUGACCAACCUUGCUGACGUGGACGUAUCUCACAAUGAACUUGCCAAGGUACCGGAGGCUUUCUAUCGUCUUCCUUCAUUGAAACGGUUGAACCUCAGCAGCAAUUGUAUCAAAGAACUGUCUAGUAGUGCCGAUUACUGGGUUAACUUGGAGAUGUUGAAUCUGUCACGCAACAAGCUUUCAAGCCUGCCAGUCGCCAUUUGUAAGCUGACAAAGCUUAAGAAAUUGUAUGUCAACUCAAAUGAGCUGGACUUUGAAGGUAUUCCCUCCAGCAUUGGCAAGAUGUCAGGUCUGGAGCAGUUCCUCGCAGCGAGCAACAAAUUAGAACUCAUACCAGAAGGUUUGUGCAGGUGUCCCAAGAUCAAACGCUUAGUUUUGAACAGUAAUUGUCUUGUCACUUUACCUGAAGCCAUUCAUCUUAUAACAGAUUUAGAGGUGUUAGAUGUUCGCAACAACCCUAAUUUAGUGAUGCCACCUAAACCAAGGCAACAGCAGAAAGGAGCUGGACAGGAAUUCUACAAUAUUGACUUCUCUCUCAACCACCAGUUACGUCUGGCAGGAGCAGUUCCUGCUGCCAGCUCAACUGCAACGCCAACAAAAGAUCCAAUUGCUCGUAAAAUGCGUCUACGGCGAAGGAGGCAGGAGAGCGACAAUGUGGCCGAUAAGGAUCAAACUAAAGUUUUAAAGGGUAUGAGUGAUCUGGCGGAAAAGAAAAAUAGGGGAUUGACAAGAAUGGAAUCCUCAGAAGAAAAAGAAGUAGGACACAAAAGUUGGUUAGAUGCUUUGGAGAAGCCCCAGCUGGACUACAGCGACAUCUUUACCUCAGAUGUUGGUCAGAUUCCAGGCCUAGAGGUUUGGCAGAUUGAAAACUUUGUUCCAAUAGAAGUUGAAGAAGCCCUUCAUGGAAAAUUCUACGAAGCUGACUGUUAUAUUAUCUUAAAUACUACACAAGAUGAGAGUGAGAACCUUCACUGGCAGAUUUACUACUGGAUUGGAAGUGAGUCUACGCUGGACAAGAAGGCCAGCGCAGCUAUACACGCUGUAAACCUGCGAAACCUGCUGGGAGCACGGACUAGAACAAUUCGUGAGGAGAUGGGCGAGGAGGGCGAAGAGUUUAUGGAGUUGUUUGGUGACGUAUCGUACAUCGAAGGUGGAACGUUGAGUGGAUUCUACACUGUUGAUGAUAUCUCAUUUACUGUCAGAUUGUACAGGGCCUCCGGUACACAGAAUAUACACCUGGAACCGGUUCCAGUUGAUAAAUCUUCACUUGAUCCGAGGUAUACAUACUUACUGGACAAUAGACUGACCAUCAUGAUAUGGUAUGGAGACCAGUCCAAAUCUUUGACGAGGUCAAAAGCAAGAUUAAUGGCAGAGAAGAUAAACAAGAUGGAGAGAAAGAACAACGCUCAGAUAUUGAUGAUGACACAGGGAGCAGAAGUACAACAAUUCUGGGAGCUCCUUGGUGGUUUUGAUGUUGAUUUCGUACCAACAAAUUGUGUUGAUGAAGAAUUCACACCAGAGAAGCCAAAACUGUACCAAGUCGGACUUGGAAUGGGGUACCUUGAACUUCCACAAGUUGAAUUGCCAAGAAACAAGUUGAAACAGUCCUGUUUGGAAACCAAGAAUGUAUAUAUACUUGAUUGUGGAGCUGAUAUAUUUAUCUGGAUUGGUCGGAAGUCAAGUCGUCUUGUAAGGGCUGCUGCCCUGAAGCUGGCGCAGGAGUUGUGCAGCAUGAUUUCUAGGUCUGUUGUUGCCAUGGUUGUCCGUGUCCUUGAAGGUACUGAGAGCCAGAUUUUCAGGUCAAAGUUCCAAGGUUGGGAUAACGUCCUCGGAGUUGACUACACCAAGAAAACAGACGGCGCGACAAAUACUCGCCAAGUUCGUAAGGAUGACAACAAGGAUGAGUUUAAGACAGAUCUAUCAGCUUUGUUCAUGAACCGUCAGCCACCAAUGACAAACUCUGAAUGUGAUCAAUUAGCCGAAGAGUGGAAUGCCGACCUGGACGUCAUGGAGUCGUUUGUUCUUGAGAAUAAGAAGUUUGUGCGUCUGCCUGAGAAUGAGUUAGGACACUUUUACAGCGGAGACUGUUAUGUCUUUCUUUGCCGAUAUUGGGUGCCUAAAGAAGUCAAAGAGAAAUUAGAAAAUGAAGAUGUUGAAGAUGAUGGAGAGAAAACAGACGAAGAUAACGAAGAAGAGGAGUCGCAAGAAGAUGAGAUAGCCUACACGGUGUAUUUCUGGCAAGGGAGAGAUGCCAGUAACAUGGGAUGGUUGACGUUCACUUUCAGCUUACAAAAGAAAUUUGAAUCUCUGUUUGGAGAGAAACUGGAGGUCGUUAAACUCUGUCAGCAACAAGAAAAUCUCAAAUUCUUGUCGCAUUUUAAGAACAAAUUUAUCAUCCAUCGCGGCAAGAGGAAAGCAGAGCCAGUGAAGGGGGAGGAGCUGAACCCCAAGUUCUACCAUGUACGCGCCAAUGGGGGCUCGUUAUUCACACGUUGUGUGCAGGUUCAUCCUACAACAAAAUGGCUUAAUUCAGAAUUCUGUGACGAAUUAUGGGAUUAUGACUUGCGCAAUCCUAGUACAGUAACUGGAUUCUUGAUACAUGUUUACAUACAGCAUCUUCGCAUUAAGCAACCGGAUCAGCCACGCAAGCUGGCGAUUGUGAAGAAGGGGCGCGAGCCAUGGAAGUUUAUCCGCUGUUUCCAUGGAUGGGGGUUGUUCAAAACACACGCUGGCCAACUUUAA